AUGAAUAUAUUGACGACACUAAUUACGACGAUGCUCGGUGACGUAAUCGCGACGGGGGUCAUUAAUAUUCGCGAGUUUGCAGGAUUUAGUAGGAUAUACGUUACUGCAGAAGAGAAUAGCCAAGUGUAUUCAUCAUUGACAUUUAUUUGCGUGGACGGCACCGUAAUGCCAUUAGCGAACGUUUGCGAUGGUAUCCCUCACUGUCCGGACUCGUCGGACGAAGUCGGAACACUGUGCCGUCACAUUGUUUGUCCCACAUAUAUGUAUAGAUGCAACUACGGUGCCUGCGUGAGUCGCGCGACGCGAUGCAACGGUCUUGUCGAUUGUGUGGACGCCAGCGAUGAGAUCGCAUGCGAUCGAGAUGCUAACGAUAUUUGUUCUGAUAGAGAUUUCCAAUGUUCUGCUGUUUAUCAAGAGUGCAUACCUCUCGCCGAGGUGUGCAAUGGUGUGUAAUCCCCAGAUUAAUUUUGACGACAAAAUGAAUUUU